AAGGAAGUUUAGGACCGCGGCGGCUUUUGAGGACGUUCCGGCUGCGGCUGAUCCGGGGAAUGUCGAGGUUACGUGGCAAAUCGUCGUUGGUGCGUUGGGUAAGCUCUGUUCUAUAUGCUCCUCUCGGAUGGCUGUGACCUUUCUUUUGGCCGGUGUUACGCCGUUCGUGGUUGCUGGGAUUGAAUUCAGCAAACGAAUAGUGGAUUUCUCCCUUGGCAAUCAUGGAAAAGGUUCUUUUCUGGUUAGAACUUUGAAGAAGAAUAUUGCAGUUGUGAACUAGUAAUUACUAAAGCAGCAGCUCCAUUCCAUUAAAAGGAAAAAAUACAUAUGUAAUUGCUUGCUUAACACGUACGGUUGGAUGGUUGGUCAUGAGUGAUGUCACCCCCUCUCUUUGUCGUUCUUCUGUUGAUGCAAGUCUAAUGCUAAGACUUUGAAUCCACCCAACUCUUGGCGUUUUGUCAGAGGAUCUAAAAGUCUUGAAUCAUGAUUGCCUUUGAAUUUUGAUUUCUCAACUUGAAUGAAUAUGUUUUCAUAUUGUUGAAAAAGAGGCAAAUGUGAAAUAUGGUAUUUGUUAUGUUAUUCUGUCACAUUAAAAAGUAAAAGGCAAUUUAUUUGUUCGACAGUAGCCUUGCAUCUGAUCAUCUGCAUGGUGGCAACGGGCUAAUAUUACAUGAAAUUAUAAAAACUACUCCAUAAAGCAAUUAAAAACUAUAAAGAUGUUUGUUAAUUUGAUAACUGUAUUUAUUUAUUUUUAUAAAAAUGACUUAUAUGUGCCACUGCACAUCUUAUUUUUUGGCAUAAAAGUUACUUAAAUAUGACACAUUGUAAUCAUUAUUAUAAUUUUUACUAAAGUUCUGCGCUGGUGAAUGUGUUGAGAGUAAAUCAUGUUCAUGAAGGGGCUUUCUGGUAAUUAUAACGUCACAAACAGGCAUGGCGUAAUAACAAUGGCAGGUGUGUGAUUCUAAUUAAGAAAGGGGCCACUUGGUCGUGAAUCUGCCCUUAAAAGUGGCCGCGAAUCUGCCCUUAAAUUUCAGAAGAAUUUGUUGGGUAGGUGACUUUGAACCCCAGACAGCGAAGUGAAGAGAUCACACUGAAACCUUGGAAUUCGAAGCAAGAGCAGGGCAGGAAAAGCUGAGCCUCAGGGCGGGAAGGGAAGGUAUCGUCAAAACCCAAACGCACCCAUCGAAUCUGAUUGAUUAGUUUUUUUUUGUGUUUCAUUUAUUUCCAGCUUGAUUGUAAAUUCCUCGGUCAGGAUUCUUCUGUUUGCUUAGCUGUGUUUGUUUUCAGUCUCAUUCGUGAUUUAUUAGGAUUGUGUUCUUUCUUGCUUGUUCAACUUUUGGGGCUCUUUCGGAAUUUCAGUGCCCUUUUCUCUAUGAAUAAUGGUAGUGGAAAAAGGAAAGGAAGCCGCUCUGUUCCCUAUCCAGGAAAGGUUCAAAUUCCAAUGUCUCUUUGGGCUCUGGGUUUGUUUUUUUAUUCUGAAAAUGGGUUGCUCUUUAGAUGCAAGAUAUGGUGUAUCUGUGUUCCCAGAUGUAUAUUCAUUGUGCAUUCAUGUGGCCUUGGCAAUUUAUGAACUGAUUUUAUCGCCCUCUACGAUCCUUUUGUCACAAUAAGUGAUGACAUAGAUAGAACUAGAUGCAUGUUCAUUCGAGUAGAAUCAGUAGACUUUUUUUUACUGGUUGUCUUGGUUGCCACUUGCUAAGGCCUUAAGAGUAAUUUCCAUGAGUUUCUCUUUUGCUUGUGAUGGAAUUUUUUUCUGUUAUUUUCUGAUUUCAUCUCUUGUGGAUGAGGGCGGAACAUCUAUAAGCUAUUGUUUCUGUCCUCUUGUGAUGACCAAGUUCAGUUCUUGCAGUCACAAGACCAGGGUUAUUUUCUAUAGACAAUAAUCUGAGUCCUAGAUCUCCAAUAUGUUACGUCUCUAAUCCAUGCAUGACCUAGGACUUACUGAUUACUAAAGUUUAACACUUUCUAAGGAAAGAAAAUUCAGAUGGUGAACUGAGGUUCCUCCUGGAUGACCUCCCCCCCCCUCUUUAAGUUGCUAUUUCAGAAGCAAAUCCGGUAUGCUCUUUCUUUAAUGAUCCUUAAGGAGCCUUUGAAACUAUUCUAGUCAGUCAGAGGAACUUCCCUCCUUUGGAUUCUCUUAACUGGAUUGAUAUUGGUGUUGUGGAAUUCCUUUUAAGCAUGGUCGGAUAUAUAUCAUUGUCGAGCUGAAUUUAAAUGAUCUUGUUAACUUCAGUGCAUAGGCAGUUGAGCUUUAAAAGAGAGUACUUCCAGAAGCUGGAUAUAGAAACAGAAAGGAGACAAUGGGUUGUGUGAUUAAUAAUGUAAUAGCCUAGUUUUGCUAAUAAACAGGCUAAGAUAAAUACAUUCCCCGCAGAAACAUUCCUGCUAGUGAUCUUGAUUGCUGUGGUUGUGGUGGAUCAAAGAAAAGGUCAUUCUCUAAUGAAGGCAUCUUCGAAACAAGGGAAUUCAGAUGCAUCCGGCAGGAUGUAUUACCAGCCCGUGCAAGAGGUUGAUUCUUAUACUUGGCAUCCCUCGCAGAAUGCGGAUGUCGGUUUAUCCUCUGAAGUCGGGGACUUUUGCGUUCAACCUCCUGAGCAACUAUGCACUUUUGAAUCAUCCGCCGCAACGGGUUGUUACCCUUUCCGAAAUUCUCCAUCCACUGGAAGCUUCUCACCUCUUGGAAGCCCUGUCUCAGCACCAGAUUCUGUGUCAUGUUCUGGUACAGGACAAUUCCCCCAUAAUACUGUUAGUUCAGCAGUAAGUGGGAUUUGCUUAACAGAUAAUGACAAUGAAUUUGGGCAGAAGCUAAGGGAGCUGGAGGCUGCUAUGCUGGGACCUGAUCCCAAUAUCCUUGAAGCACGUAAUAUAGCAAUCACGGGUGGACUUAAUCUGUUUUCACCCGAUACAAAGAAGUGGAAACAAGUUAUGGACAUUAGCAAAAGGAGCUUGAAAGAUGUGCUUAUUGCCUGUGCAAAAGCUGUAGCGGAUUCUGAUCUAUCAACAGCCGAAUUUUUAUUGUCAGAGUUGCGCCAAAUGGUAUCGGUUUCUGGUGAUCCAUUACAAAGAAUAGGAGCCUACAUGUUGGAAAGCAUUGUUGCAAGGUUGGCCUCCUCCGGGAAUUCCAUAUACAAAGCCCUAAAAUGUGAAGAGCCUGCCAGUUCUGAGCUCCUCUCAUAUAUGCACUUGCUUUAUGAAGUCUGCCCAUACUUCAAGUUUGGUUAUAUGUCUGCCAAUGGAGCAAUUGCUGGAGCCAUGAAAGACGAAAAAAGAAUUCACAUAAUUGAUUUUCAGAUUGCUCAGGGAACUCAGUGGAUCACCCUGAUUCAGGCCCUUGCAGCUCGGCCUGGAGGACCCCCUCAGAUCCGCAUCACGGGUGUUGAUGAUUCUACAUCGGCAUCUGCCAGGGGAGGAGGACUCGAUAUCAUUGGGAAAAGGUUGACAAGGUUUGCGGAGUCGUGUAAAGUGCCCUUCGAGUUCCAUGGCGUUCCCCUGUCAGGUUCUCAGGUUGAGAUUAAAGAUCUCAAGGUUCAGCCCGGGGAGCCACUGGCUGUGAAUUUUGCGUUUAUGCUGCACCACAUGCCGGAUGAGAAUGUGGGAAUUCAGAACCACCGGGACAGACUGUUAAGGUUAGUUAAGAACUUGUCUCCCAAACUUGUAACUCUUGUUGAGCAGGAAUCCGACACCUGCACUGCCUCAUUCCUUCCCCGAUUCAUCGAGACAUUGGACUACUACUUGGCUAUUUUCGAAUCAAUCGAUGAGACGCUCCCUCGGGGGCACAAGGAUCGGAUCAAUGUUGAACAGCAUUGUCUGGCUCGGGAGAUCGUCAACAUAAUCGCCUGCGAAGGGUCUGAGCGAGUAGAGCGCCACGAGCUGCUCGGGAAAUGGAGAUCAAGGUUCCUUAUGGCCGGUUUCAAGCCAUACCCAUUGAACUCCGUGGUGAAUGCUACGAUCAAGUCUCUUCUCAAGUACUACAGCGAAAGAUACAGGCUUGAAGAGAGAGAUGGGGCUCUCUAUCUGGGCUGGAUGAGUCGAGAUUUAGUCACCUCUUGCGCAUGGAGGUGAAACCCUAUUCUUGAAAAAAAAGCCUUGCUGGAAGUGCAGCCUCUUGUUUAAUCUACUCGCCUGACCCUGAUUCCAUGCAAGCUGUUUAAACUGAAUAGUACUCUCUUGAUUUGGCAGUUUUUGUUGGAGUACGUUGUCACUCUGUUCUUUC